AUGAUUUUACUUAGAUUAAUCCGAAGAGCUGAUGUGUUGGUUAAACCUUUCUAAUUUAAUGUUCACAACAGAAAGAGGACAUAAACUUUAAUAGGUUUGUAAUUCUGAAAUUUAGGGGGAAUUUUCUCAAUCCUACUAUUUGUGACCUACAUAUUGUAUGGAAUCAGUUUGUAUAAUCGAUAAGAAUCAAAUUAGAAUACAAUUUAUGCUGGCUCAUAAUCAGAUUUUUAAGAAGAUUACAGUUUAAAUGAAUCAAUAGUUAAAUUUGCAGUUGAAAUAUCUCCUAUUUAAAAAGAACCAUUUUAAAACUAUUCAUACAUUUCAUAGUAUUAAAUAUAUAUGUAAGUUUAGAUAUCUAAAUUUGGAUGUGUUUUAUAUUGAUUAAAGAAGAGUUAGCCAAGUUGUUGGAUACAAAAGGAAUUAGACAAAACUCACAAUGAAAAAAUGUGAUAAAGCUUAUUUAGAUGAAUUUAAUUUUUAAAAUGCUACUUUGACAUAAGGUUAAAAGGAAUAACUUCUCUGUUUUGAAGGAUAAUUUAAUAUAUCUGGAUAAUUUUAUGAUCCCAUAUUUCAAUAUGUAAAAAUUUAGAUAAAUAUUUGUAAUUUAAAUACAAAUCCUGAAUGCAAAUCAAUUUAAGAAAUAGAAGAAUUUAUUAGUUAAGGGUAGUAUUUACAUUUUUUAUAUUUAGAAUCAAUGUAGAUCUAUUCAUCAAAGGAGACAGAAUAAAGAAAUCAUUGAAUAUGAGUGCUCCAGCUGAGACAUAUCCAAAAAAUAUGUUUUGGAGAUUCACAACAGGAGUGGCUAAUAAUGAAGAUAUAUUUAUGGCACCUAUCUCUUUAGAUAUAAGUAUUAAUUUUUAAUUAUGAAGAAAAAAAUAGUUUAUUUGCAAAAUUAACAACUUAAGGGGCUAAUGAGAAUAUUUUCAAGUCUGCAGCCAUUUUUAAAUCAGAAAGAAGACAGGAAUCUAUUACUUUAUAACAUGGAGUUUUAAUGAAUUCCUUUUAUCUAAGGGCUGGUUCUGAAAGCUUUUAUUAUUUUUCUAAUUAAUAGGAUUGGCUAGUUAUAUUAUUAUCAUCUAUAUCAGAAACUACUUCAUUAAUAGUGACAUUCUUAAGGAUCCUUUAAUUCUUUUAUGGAUUCUAUAAUAAACAUAAGACAUUUGAAACUUUAAUGAACAAUGUAUUUAAAUUUGAUAUCUCUAAAAAUACUCGUUCAGAUAUUGAUGAAAUUAUGCAAACUAGUGGAGUUCAUAUGGAUCCAUAAUAAAAUGUAUUAAUAAAAAAGUAGAAAUUAGAAAAAGUAUAUAUAUAAAUAUAUUUAAUUAGAUUAUUAAUUUUACAAUAUAAUAUCCAAUUUGGAGGUACAUACUCUAUAAAUUAUCAAAAGUGUUUCUAUGUUUAAAAAGAUUCAAUUUAUGUUAGAUUGCAUAAGAGGAAAUGAUUACAAUCUCAUAAUUGGCCAAAAAUAAAAUUUAAAAUGAUUUAGAUUUAACUAAUAUUCUUAAAAAAUUAUAUGAAAUUGAUUGCCUUAAACUAUUAUUAUUUGAUGAUGAUCAAUUACUAAUAUUCAAUAGUUUUAGCUCUCCUGUAUUUGAGGAUAAUAUGGUUUAACAAUAGCAUUUUAAAGAAAUAGUUAAAUUACAAGGAUAUCGACGUUCCUUAAGAACACAAACAUUUAGUAAAGUAGACUUUAAAUUUGUUAAUUCAUAAAGUAUUUGCAUAUUAUAUAUAGAACUUCCAUUUACAUAAAAACUAAAGAAACUUUCCAGAUUCUUUAGUGCUUAGAUGUUACCAAUAAAUGCAGAAGAAUUGACAACAAUAUUUAGAAAAAUUUAAGAAGAUUAAAAUAUCAAUUUCAAAAAGAAUUAAAAAUUGUUAAAAUUUGCUCAAUCUAAUUAUUCAUUGUUUAAAUUAGUAUAAUAGUAUUGUUCUGCUAGUGCAAAUGUUACAAUUGAGAGAAAAACAAAUGAAGCACUCUCUUUAGAAGGUGAAGAUAGACAUAAUGUUUAGAAUAUGUAAAUACAUAUGAGAACGUUGAAUAAGUGAA